AUGUUGCAAUAUCGUGGAAUGGGUAUAGUAAUCGAUAAAGAUGAAGUUACCACUAAUCGAUUAAUCGCAGCUAUAGAGGAAAUAUUGCAACCGAGGUAUUCCAAAGCCGCUCGACGCAUUAGUGACCAACUUCAAAACAAACCUUUCACACCCGAGGAUGUGCUCGUUCGUCAUAUCGAAUAUGCCUAUACGUUUUAA